CUUUUUACUUCCUUUCAGGUUCGGAUUUUAUAAAGACGUCUACGGGAAAGGAGGUGGAAAAUGCGACCUUUCCAGUUGGAGUAGUCAUGAUGCGAGCCAUUAAAGAAUUCUACUGGCAAACUGGCAACAAGGUUGGAUUUAAACCUGCUGGGGGCAUUCGGACGGCAAAAGAAGCUAUUACUUGGCUUAUGCUGGUGAAGGAGGAACUGGGAGUGGAAUGGCUAACACCAGAGCUCUUUCGCCUGGGUGCCAGUAGUUUGCUGGGAGACAUUGAGAAACAGAUUUUCUACCAUGUGACUGGCUCUUAUGCACUUCAGCAUGACCUGGCAAUGGCUUAGACAUAAAAUCAACUCAGGAUUACUUUUACAAAGAAAGUCUUCAAGCAAACAGCAUUCACAAGUCUUCUGACAACCAAGUGCAUAUGAUAGAAUUAAAGGCCUAAUUCUCUCUUCUUCAUAUUUUACAGUAUUUAAAAAUAUGC